CCGCAGUGAGUUCAGGGGUCAUUGUUGGAAGAGGAGCGUGGUGGGCCAAGAGGAGGACCAAGGGCAGGUCCCCAUGGGAAUUUCCCCUCGGUUUUAACCCCUUUUCUUCCCCUGGAGACUUGCUCUCCAGUUUCAAAGAGAACGUCUGGGACGUUUAGGACGAUGCUGAUCAGGGUCAAGGCAGCCACUGAGGCUUGAAUGAAAUCUUGGCCGGAGGCGUUGGAGGGCAGCACACACUGAGAUGUUGACUCUGGGUCCCAACUCCGCGAGUCCCCCGAUGCCUCAGGAAAACAACUCUUGGAUGAAACAGACUCUGACGGAGGAGCUCACCUCCGUGAGGCUACAAAAGCUGGAUCAGCAGGUACUGUGCCCAGCGGAGACUAUUUGAGAAGAAGCAACGGCGGAAGCGCCAAGAACCACUCAUGGUUCAGGCCAAUCCGGAUGCUUCCUUGGGGCACCGGCGACUGCAGUCGGAGCACUUUCCUAGUGACACAGGCCCGGCUCUCCGGGAACGCGUGCCAGAGGCACGUCCCGACUCUGAUUUCCACAGUGCGCGGUGCGCCUCUAUGAACUGCGGUGGAGAUGGCACCAGCGAGUGCUGGGCCCUGGGGUGGCCACCUACGCAAGCAGCAGACAGUGCAUACCACCAGAGUGAAGCCCCAGCUGUGGAAGGUGAAUACCAGCAAUUCAGGUGGGGAUCAGCCUGUGGAAUGGAUGGUGACAGGAGAAGACAUGGAGACACGAUAUUCUGCAAUGACCUAGACCUGGAAGACCAGAAAGAGCAGUUGCACUGUGUGGCAGUGAACUCCCGAGAGGAGGAGGACCACGAGGACGUGCCCAGGGCCCCGGAAGAUAAGGACAGCCGCGAUGUGGGGACCGCGGCCAGCUCGCUGCCUCCGGACCUGGUCCCUCAGCUGGGUGAGGACCUGAAGGCUUACGUACUGCGGCCGGUGCUGGAAGGCCGCAGGGUGCAGUGCUGCAUCCGCCGGGACCAGCGGGGCCUGGAGAAGGGCCGGUUCCCCGUGUACUACGUCUACCUGGAGGCGGACAGCGGCUGGAAGCACUUCCUCCUGGCUGGGCGCAAGAGAAAAUGGAGCAAAACCUCUAAUUAUCUCAUUUCCUUGGACCCGAUGGACCUAUCCCGGGAUGGGAACAACUUUGUGGGCAAAGUCAGGUCCAAUCUCUUCGGCACUAAGUUCAUCAUUUUCGACAAUGGGGUGAAUCCUGAAGAGAAAAACUCGUACCUGGAUAAGGCCCACCUCCGACAGGAGCUGGGGACUGUGUGCUAUGAGCCCAAUGUCUGGGGGUCCCGGGGACCCCGAAAAAUGACUGUGAUCAUCCCGGAAGUCAACAGCCACAACCAGAGAAUCAGUGUCCAGCCGAAAACUGAAGAGGACUCGCUUCUGAGUCGCUUCAAAAGGGGUGUCAGGCAGGGGCUGGUCGUACUGCAAAACAAAACACCGGUGUGGAGUGAUGAGACCGAUGCCUUCGUGCUCAAUUUUCACGGGCGAGUGACUCGGGCCUCGGUCAAGAACUUCCAGAUCAUCUACCCCCAUAAGCCAGACAAAGUGGUGCUGCAGUUCGGCAGCGUGGAUCCAAAUACAUUCACCAUGGACUUCUGCUUCCCUCUUUGCCCACUCCAAGCGUUCGCCAUCUGCUUGUCCAGUUUUGAUCGGAAGCUGGUCUGUGCAUAACUCAAUAAAAUACCAUUGUUUCUCAGGU